GUUAUCGCGGCGCCGGUUCGCCGGCCUCUGAAAUAUCAAUGGACCCAAGGAAUCUACAGGAUUCCAUAAACUCCAGUUCCAAUAAUUCAUCCGCUGUUUACCUCACCAAUAACCCCCAGGUUGACGUUUCGACCCAAGUUGACCUGAACGCAGCGAUGGUCCACGACUGGGACCGACGUGCGACCCCGAUGUACUCACGUGAGGAUUUCAAAGAGCAGUACUGCAUAACAAGCCGUCAGCUGGACGCGGUUGAGAAAUCUGGUGGCGGGAUAUUCAGUUGUCUCUCCGCGAAAGGAUUGUCACCCUGCACAGCCACCAGGGUUUCGAUUCUGUCCGCGUGCGUUCGCAGUGCGUCCAGCGAUGAAAACCUUUGCGACGCACCAUAUCCACGGAAACCAUUUCAGAUAUUCUACCAGCAGCCCUAUCCAUCUUACCACCGAGGGAUCACUCGGUAUGAUCUGGAUGAAGACGAAUGGGUCAAUACUUCGUACUUCCGAAGACGACCUACGUCUUUCUGUACCAUAGCAGAUCCAAAAAGGUACACAUGGUUACAAGAGGAUGAAGAGUCGAUGAGAUUAGAAGGACCAAGAUCAGUAUUGACAGCAAUAAACCAGCCGCAUGCUGUUGGUAUCCAUAAGCCAAAGCACGUAAGCUUCGCUCGGUCACAUACUUUAACAUCAUUCGAGAUUGCAUCACGUAGCAAAAGUCCACCGAGACCUCACGCUCAGGAACGACUGAUUGAUACUCAGCCGACUGCGCAAGCGUGUAUUACACCAGCGGCAAUGAUCCAACCGUAUCCACCUCCAGAACCUAAAAUACUUAUCCUAGAAAAAAAUAAACGGGGAGUUAUGAAAACCCAGGCUACGCAAACGGACUUGCCAACGGGGUUGCGACGAGAACCCCCCGUGACAUUGAGCCCUCGGACGAUACAACGGGUGAAGAUGGUGUCUCAAGGCGCCCAGACCAAUGGGAUAAUUAACGGCAGGAAAUUGACCAAGAGUUAUUCGGAAGCUGGGCAAUUUGGUGCGCCUCUGGGCACUAAUGGGACCAAUAGGGAAGAGCCAGUAGAGCAUGAGCCAUUGCAGAGGACGCAGAGUGAGGAGCCACCUAAAUCUCCAUUCCUUAUUGACACACCGCCUAAAUCACCAGCUAGAGACUCUGGUCUGCUGGUUAACGGCGAGCUAGAGUUCACGAGAAAGCGGUUGUCAAAAGAAGAGGAAGAAAUUUUAAUUGAUUUCAAACCGGCUCCUGUGUCUCCCGAUGCGCGCGCUAUGUUGAAACAGAUGCCAUUGGUCUGGCGGAGGCCUAUAACUCUACAGAAAACCCUCUCUGAUGGUGAAAUCCAGGUUGAGAGACGUGAAUUAAUUGAUGAAGCUGAAGCGCCGAGUUAUCCUCACACUUGCCGGCGUAAUUAUCAUGACCCUUGGACUAGAAAUAUCAGGCCACCCGUCCAAUUUUCAUCGACGCCUGAUGAUUUAUCACUACUACGUAUUCAAUCAUCUCACGAAGACAUUCACGAAGAGGAAUUUCAUGAGAAUAUUAUACGUCGCGGAUUAUUUCGUAAAAGAAGUGUAUCAUUGGAAGACGGUGUUCAAGAUCUGGCUUCCAGUAAUUUCAUUUUACCCCGAUCGCUCCCAACCUCCCCUACGUCACCGACUGCUAUUCAGGGAAUCAGAAAAAUCGAAGACAGCCCACGUUAUGAAAUACGACGACCUAGUUUCUUAAGAACCUGCCCGAUAGUUGGACCAAUUACUUCCCCAUUUGAAUCUAAUGAUUCACUGAAUAAUGACAUCACUAAAGAUCACAGCGAUGGGAUUUGGAACGAAUCCCAGGCGACGGUACUCCAAGCAGACACCCUGGCUCUAUUGACUCCGUCAUCUCGCAGACGUCAUCUCCUGCUUCUCCAGCACCAGCAACGAUCUUCCAUGGAUACUGAAACUCUAGAUGUGGAAGACGACUUAGAUAUUUGCCCACCCAGUCCACGAAUCCUGUUGGAGCCUCCAUCAAUCGUCCAUACCCCCAGUGAACCAAUUCUGACAAACGGACGUCCACGAAGUGGCCUUCGUCGUCGCAGUCCUGGUCCCCCUUAUUCCUUACCACAGUCGCAGUCAUCCAGCGAACUGGCUCUGAGUAUCGGACGCACAGAUUCCGGACGUACAAACACGACCGAUCUCUCAGAAGCCUCAACUACAGAGGACUAUGUCACUGCCAAUACGUCAACCGGCACGGGAACCACAACCGGGACAUCAGCGACCAUUAGCUCAUGGUCACGACCCAGUGGCUAUCAUGCGUCAUCGAGUGCUGCGGCAUCAGCACCCGCUUCUACUACUGCGACAGCUGCCGACGGUAGCUCAUUUGAAAGCGCCAGCUCAAUUUAUAGUCUCGCCAGGAGCGAGGCACUCCUUGAGGAUCUACCCGCAAGUCCAAAGGCGAUUUUCGAAGACAUAGAAAUGCCCUUCGACUUGGCAGAACUGGUCCCACCCUCGCCGGCAAAGUCUACCACCAGCAGUAGUUCUGGUAGCUAUGACCUUGAUGACGCGAUGCCUGAGCCAUGUCCUGAAUCAUUUGCAACGGCUCCGCUAAGCGGGCACACUUCUGAAGCCGAAUUAGAUCACGAGUAUCACAGAACACCAGAGAUGCGACGUUUAUCAUCUGGUUACGUAGAAUCACCCCCAGAACCUCAUACAUGGACAGAUGAAGAGCCACGUAGGAAGUCAUUUGUCCUCGACUUUCCAGCUGGUUUGGAAAUCGAUCAUAAUCACCAUUCAGACCGAAUGGAAUUGGUGAUUGAUAACGCGAAUAUUAGCCCGACUCCCAGUCACAGGCAUCGACCGCGCACGAAACUAACAACUGGCAGGAGCCCGUAUCGUAAUAACAAAAAACGCGAUCCGCAGUCGCCUAUUUCGACGAUUUCGCGAAGCCCCCAGAAAGAGGAAUGGAAUAGAGAAAUAGUUGAUGACUCGGUACAGAUUCCAACUUCUGAUGAUUCUAGCUGUAGUCAUCAUUACCAUAUGCACCAUCAUCACCACCACGUUCACAGAGACAAUCUGGACGCACGUCAUCGUAGACCGAGGGAUAGUCCACGUCGCAAAACAAGCGGCUACGUUUCGGCUCGUAGACGAAGCAACGAGGAUAAGAAUGCAGCAUUCACUGGGAGCUUACCAAGACGUAGGUCCCGACCUGUGGAUGACUGCUCUAACCGUUUAAGUCCAGGCAGCAGGUAUCAACGUAGUCCCGGUCACAAUGGUCACACUACUGUCAUCGUAAAGUCUCCAUCGUGUCUGGAGACCCGUUUGAAGGCGCUGUCAGCUGAAUCAUUGAGGUCCGUUAGUCCUGGUAGUGACAGCGUUUUUUACAGCGAAAGCGCCGAUUUGUGUGCUGCACAUCAUGACGCCUCUCAUUGCCACAGUUGCGGGAAAGAGGUAACGGAAGAAAUAGUCCAGCCACCAGCAGGAUUCGCUGACUCACCCGAGGGGCCACGGAUCAUUGCCAAGCACUCUGGACAUCGGUUGUACAAAAAACUCGACAAGCGAUACAGAUCCGAAGAUCGUGGCGAGCGUAGGUAUCACCGCAAUAAUGGAAGAUCAGAUGUUCGAGCAAAGUCUGAAGAACGCGGUGGACGAUCCUCUAGCAGAGGCUCCAUCGAAGACGGAAUCAGACGUCGUCUUCAUGCCAGAAGUACUGACGUCAGCAUGGAAACAUUAGCAUAUCGGGAAGACGAGGAUACUUACAUCGAGCCAUACACCGGAAACGAGUGGAUCUAUAUUGGGGAGCUGGAAGAAAGUCAUGUUUGGAAGCGUCCCGACAGCCGUGACGGGGAUGAUGAAUCAUCAGAGGGUCCAAUAAAAGAUCGCAGAGGCUCCCAAGGCUCAACGGAGAGUGAAAAAGGCUUCCGGAAAAAGUACCAAGCAGCGACUCAUCGCAUGGUUCACCGAAAAAGUAGCGGAGAAAUGUACAAAAGAAUGCAGAGUAAAAGUUUCGUCACUGUUUUGAAUGUGGGUUGA